GUGGAGCUACGUCCCUGGUGCCUCCUCAGCCUAGAAGGGCCAGGGGUGGGGACUCUGUGGGCUAGGGAGCUGAAGGUCCCGCCCCCAAGGCGGGGCCUGGACUCCUUGGGGGCUCCUUCCUCAGCCAAGUUCAGCCACGCAGGCUAGCUGCCCCGCAGCUGGUACCCACCAGCCUCGCUGAUGCUGCGGAGAGCCCAGAGAGUGGUCUAGGCUGCCUUGGGGACUUUCCAGUCUCAUAGCUCCUCCGGGGGUGGAGACUGGUCCUUUGAAAUUCCAAAGCCCUCUAGAUGAAUGGCUGCUGGAACAUCCACCCUGCUUAGCCUGUCAGGCCUUGCUGAUCACAUGGCUGAGGGCAAAGGGGUUUCUCUGAGUUCUUCAGUUGAGAAAAAAUUGAGUCUCAUGGCCCCAGAGCAGGUCCAGGCAGGGCUGAUCAAGAAGACAAACCUGUCCUCUGGAGCUGCUGCAGGUCACGCUGGCCAAGAUGUGGCCUGUUCUGAACUGAGCCUGUCGACAGCACUGACCAAGCCUCCACUGGACAGGCCUCUGGCCUGUAAGGCAUGCACAGAGCUGCCAUGUCUCCAGGAGAGGCCAGGGGAUAGUCAGGCCCAGAAGAGGAAGCCAGAGGACCCAGAAGGCCAGCUCGGCACUCAGCAGCCGCUCUUGGAUCUCCCCAGAGCCUCAGUUGCUGGCACAGUGUGCUCAGUGUGGCCAGGUGCAGGCAGGAGUGGGCAGAGAAGCGCUUUCAGCAAGCCGGCCAAGCGCCCAGCAGAGAAACCCAGGCGCUCCCACAUGUUUCUGGCCAGUGGAAAUGCAGAGGGCCCAUGGGAGCUCUCAGGACUCAUCACCACUGUGGACAUCCCGUGUUGGGCUCAGCUGUCAACUUUCAAGGUCAUGGGUGAUUUCUGGAGAUUACACACAUUAUCCCAGAACAUUCUACUCUGCAAUGCUUUCCAGGGGGCUUCCACACCAUGGCUGGAUCACACCCAGGUGCAAGUACCCACAUCCUCACCACCUUCUGCCACAGCCUCUCGGGCUCUCUUGCCACCCACGCUCUCCUCCCCAGGCUUGUCCACUCAGAACUGGUGUGCAAAGUGCAACCUUGCCUUUCGUCUGACGGCUGACCUGGUCUUCCACAUGCGGUCCCAUCACAAAAGGGAACAUGUAGGCCCUGAUCCACAUUCUAAGAAACGGAGAGAGGAAGUCCUCACUUGCCCCAUUUGCCAUGAGUACUUCCGGGAGCGCCACCAUCUUUCCAGGCAUAUGACCUCACACAGUUAGUAGGUGGCCAAGGAGAAACCCAACGGCCAUAGUAUCUAGUGCUCAGUGGUGAGGCACAGGGGAUUCCUGGCCUUUAUUGAUAAGGUUGUCUCAGGUGUCUUCAAGGUUGUUCCCUUUGCUUCCCAGAGAUGAACAGCUCAGUUAUAAUGUGUCAUGUCCUAGCCCCUGUGAUAUGUUUUCCUGGAAGUUCAUGCAUUAAAAUGGUGAGCUUUGCUCAUGGGAUAAGGGGACCCAUGACCCAGGGAACAGGGCUGCUCCUGGCUCUGUUCCUCGUGCCCUGCAUGGAAGCAUGUGAGCACAAGACGUUGGCUUUGCUGGCAAGCAAGCCUGCAUUCAAUUUGGGCUCUCUUACCUAAGAGCCGCGACCUUGGACAUGUUCCUUUAACUUGCUGACCCUCAGUUUUCUUGUUUUAAAAUGGUGUGUUAAUGAAUGUCAUCAGUCUUGAGGAAGGUAUGUGGUGAGUGGCCAGUUCGUUUUCCUAGUAGAUAGUGAGCACUAGGCAUAUGAAAUUCAUAGUCACUGCUUGAGCUGGUCAGCUACAUUAUUUGUGAAACCUCAGGGGUGAACAAGUACUGGGUUUCGUCUGCAGCAAGGCUGAAGACGAGCUUGGCUUGGUAGACGUGGCUCAGGCUGCAUUCAAGUCUAUGUCAUUUUCCUGCUGGACGCAGUGAAGCUGGGAGCGGAGAUGGCAACCGAAAAGCUCAGCGAGAUUCCCGGCCGCCUGGGUCACAAGCCUAACCUCCUCUGAGACAACCUAAAUCAGGGCUUCAAGGGACUAAGUGGAAAAGUGGCCUGGCUGAAGCCCUGAUGAGGGAGUCAGGGCAGCAAUCAACCCUCCUGUUCUCCGGGUCUUUGCACUGUGAAUAUGGGAGAUGAGGAAAACAGACGUGCAUCAUUCAUCUGUGUGAUUCCCAGGUGACAUGCUUCCUUGUGAUCCUGAGCUGGGCAGGAAGGGACAACUGGGGGGAACUAAGAAUGAGGUCCCCAGCAGGGACUUUACCUCUGGUCAUGCCUCCCUCACAACACUGGAGGACAUAGGCAGUGAAUUCUCAUACCACUGCAGAAGAAUUUAAACUUGAGAAGGUUAGUGACUUUCCCAAGGCCACUACUCUAGAGUAUUGAUAGAAGAACAAAAUCCAGUCACCCCCCCCAGAUCUGAGUUUAUGUCUCUUCCAGCCUGCUGCAUGUCGGCUUAGCUAGUAUGGUCACAGAGCAUACUGCAUGACUUAAGAAUUGGAACUUAGAGGCUGGCCUAGUCUCCUCACGUCCAAUUUCAACUUAAACUUGCUACUUGUGCACAGAUACAACACAAUACACAUGCACACACAUACAGACACACACACAGAC